ACUUCCCCUCAGACCAUGUCUUCCUCCAUCAAAAUUGAGUCUGUUGUGAAGGAGAAGAACCGGAUGGGAGAAUGCCCAGUCUGGGAGGAAAGGGAGAAUGCACUCGUCUACGUAGACAUCAACUCACAGAAAGUUUGUCGCUGGAGCCCAGUCACCAAUGAGGUGCAGAGCGUGUCUGUGGAUGCCCGUGUCGGCUCAGUGGCUCUGCGCCAGUGUGGGGGCUAUGUAAUCGCCCUGGGGACCAGGUUUGCCUGCCUGGACUGGGACACCCAGGCAGUCACCACCAUCCUCGAGCUGGAGCAGGAUAAACCCAACAACAGGUUCAAUGAUGGGAAAGUGGAUCCAAAGGGGAGGUUUUUUGCUGGUACGAUGGCUGAAGAGACAGCACCAGGGGUCCGUGCGAGGCGGCAAGGAGCUCUCUAUACACUCUUCCCUGACCAUUCAGUAAUAAAACAGUUAGACCAGUUGGACAUCUCCAAUGGUCUGGAUUGGUCCCUGGACCACAGGACCUUCUUUCACAUUGACAGCCUGUCAUACGCUGUCCAUGCCUUCAACUAUGAUGUGCACACUGGAAAGAUUGCCUGCCCCAAGCUUUUGUACCAUCUGGAAAAGGAGGAGCAAAUGCCUGAUGGGAUGUGCAUAGAUGCAGAAGGGAAACUCUGGGUGGCCUGUAUUGAUGGUGGCAGAGUCAUUCGCAUAGACCCAGAGACAGGAAAAAGAAUCCAAACUGUGAGGCUGCCUACUCCAAGGAUCACCUCUUGCUGCUUUGGUGGAAAAGAUUACUCAGAAAUGUAUGUAACUUCUGCAUAUGAUGGACUGGAUGAGGCCACCUUAGCCAAGGAACCUCAUGCAGGAGAGAUUUUCAAGAUAACAGGCCUGGGUGUGAAAGGGAUCCCACAGAACUUCUAUGCUGCUUAAACCCUGACAGUAAACAGCAAAGAAGAAAUGCUUCCAUCUUGUAGUAAUUCUGACUGGAAGAAGUCAAAUGAACUACAGAAUUUAUUUGUGUGAAGAUUUCUAAGCCCACAUUUGUGAGUGUGC